CAGCGGGGCACGUGGGCUGGAGACACUUCCUAGAAACGCGCGCGGGCUCAACCCUGCCUGAACUUUCCUGUAAACAGCGCGCUGACAGGCGGCAUCCCCGCUGGGUGGAUCCCGCGCUCCUGGCGCAAGUGGCACUUCUUCUUGCUUUUAAUUAGCGAGAGGAGAGGCGAAGGGGAACUGGCUGCUCGGCAAGUCAGUGCAGGAGGCUGACUUCUGGGAGGCUGAAGGAGGCUGGGCGAAGAGCUGGGGGAGGCUGCUGGUCUGCUCCCGGCUGUUUUCUCAAUGAAUAGCUGGCGGGGAGACUGAAGUCAGCCACAGCCUCCUCCUAUCGCCCGCGGCUGGGUGACGGCGACAGCUUCAGCCGGGACCUGGCUCUUAAGAGGCGCUCCUUGCAAAGCCCUCUCGCUCCGCGUUUCCAAACCACCAGUCCCGAGGACAGAAAGGCUUUGCGGAUCCAAGUACUGCCUGGCAAAGGGCACUUGGGAAUGGUGUUUUCUGAUGACAACCUCUUCUGCUUGUGACAAAGCCUGUCGCCCGCUGUUGGCCCUGGAGGGAAGUCCUAAGUAAAACUCAGUCCUGCCUUUAAGUGAGGCUGCUGCGGCCACGGGAGAGCCAGCACACACCAUGGCAGCUGCCGGACGCAUCCUCACCUUGCUGCUGUGGGGUCACCUGCUGGAGCUCUGGACCCCAUGUCACACCGCGGACCCCGCCUACCCCAGACUACGCCUGUCACAUAAAGAACUCUUGGACCUGAACAGAACUUCAAUAUUUGAAAGCCCCUCUGGAUUUCUUGAUCUCCAAACAAUGAUGCUGGAUGAGUAUCAAGAGCGGCUCUUCAUAGGAGGCAGAGACAUUGUCUAUUCCCUGAACCUGGAACGAAUCAGUGAUGGCUACAAAGAGAUACACUGGCCUAGUCCACCAUCGAAAGUCGAAGAAUGCAUAAUGAAAGGAAAAGACACAAAUGACUGUGCCAAUUACGUUCGGGUUUUGCAUCACUACAACAGGACACACCUUCUGACCUGUGCUACUGGCGCCUUCGAUCCACUUUGUGCCUUCAUCAGAGUUGGGUACCAUUCAGAG